CUUUUGCUUCCUUCGUUCUUUCCAUCCAUCCUUCCACGAGCAUGACUCACCCCGCGCCUCGUUCGAAUCGGAGCCGACGCAGCGCCAGCGCGAGCGCGGCGCCGGUGGGCGCCCCGCAUGCGAUCUUCGAAAUUUGAACGGCCCGGGCGCGUAGUCAUGGAACCCGCGGCUCGAUCGGAUCUCGCGCGGCCUUCGGGACGGGGCUCGGGGAAUUGCAGUCUCGGACAUCGAUCGCUUCUUUCAGUCGGACGAGGAGCAGGAGCAGGAGACGGAGGAGAGGAGGGCCCGCGAGGGCGAUGGUGAUGGCGAUGGUGAUGGUUCGUGGUCUCUGACAGGCGCGAGGAUUGAGCUCGGCGCGAGGAUGGUGAGCCGGAAUUAUGCUUCCAAUUGCACUGCAAUUGCGCGGCGUUCUUGCUCUUCCUCGUCGUCCUGGGACGAGCAUCAUCCCUGCGAGGAGGCUGGCGACAUGGCGAGCUUGCCCACGGGCCCUGACGACACGACGUCCUCCUGCUGCCCCGCGAGGGCGUACCGCGAACAGAGCGUAGAAUUUCAGAAACGGAUCGUGUCCUUGAGGGAAUCAAGAGCAUUGUUAGAUCAGAAACAGCGCAUAAGAGAAGAAAGGGCCACUCGAAUGAGCUAUCAGUUCAAGAAUAUCUUGUGCCAGAUGAAACAAGCUCAGGAGGAGGCUCUCGUUGUACAAGAGCGAAACAUGAAGAUCCUGGGUUUGGAGGGUUUCCAGCAAAAGCAUUCAACUUUCCAGAUUUCAUGGAGUCCAACAGAGCAGCAAACUCAUGGAGAAUGUAACGAAGGGCCGAAUUUCCAAAAUGCUAAACAUCGCCCGAUAGUCAAUCAGCAGGAGAUUCAAGGAACUGCUCUGAAACAAUGUACUGAAAGCAACUGUGCAGGAAGCUCACAAAUAUUUCUAUCGAUUGACGGUACCAAUGAAACAGAGGCCACAAAACCCAAAACAAAGGCCGAAGCCAUAUCCAGCUGUUCUCCUCAAUUAGCUCUGCCCCUCCAAUCGAAUCGCGAAAAGGAAGAAGAGGAUAUGCUUAAGGCGAGGAUCCUCUGCGAUGCCAGGGAAACUCUGAUUGACGGACAACAGCCACCUACAGAAAAGCUGACAGGCUUGGAAGGGGAGGUCAAGAGAAACUACCUUACCCGGGUCUUUGGCCCAGAGAAGAGCUGUUCCCAGUUAGAGGAAUGCCCAAGGGAAUGUGAGCUUCAUGAGCCGAAGGAGCCCAGAAAAAGGAUUGACGAUGGCCAGGCCUCCCAAAUAUUAGGCAGCAGCCAAGAACCUAUUGACAAGGAUGGUGGACUCAGGGACAAAACCACGUGCGUUCCUCCCGUGAACCAGGAUGCUCAGGACUGCUUUGCCAACACAGCCGAGGCCUCAAACACAAGAGGAGUUGAUACGUCGGUUCUUCCAGAACAAAGAAACCCUCCUCUGAAGAUAGAGAAGAACGACUGCUUUCCCCCUACAGGCGAACGUGUCGUUUACGAGCCGGAGGUUGGAGAAGCGUUUGCCAACGACAAUGAGGCAGUUAGCCCUGUCGGAGCUGACUUUCAGGAACUUGCUGAAGAGAGGAGGGCGCACUUGAGAAAACUCAUUAGCUUCUGGUCUCCGGACGAAAAGCUAGCGGUGUUAACGACCCUCAAAAACACAAUGUUGCUGUGGGAGGAUCCGUACUCUCAGUUCGGUCGGUGGCCAGAGUCGGAUGUUUUACUCUCCUCAAUAUUUGCUGCCAGGGAGAGCCAGUUGAAGCUUUUCGAAUACCUGGAGGUAAAAGAAGACGCAUCAAGGCCACUGAUCUGCUGCGGUGCUGUGUACGAACUCGUCAAGGCCUAUCCUCCAGAAAAGCUAAUACCUUUCGAGUUUAUCGAGGACUUGUUUGGUUCAGAUGAUUGGAACAACCGCCUGCAGAGCGGCCUCUCGUUCGUGCAAUUGCAAGAGUAUCAAGAGGAGCACUCACACUUCUGGCAGAUGCUGCUUCACCAUUCAAUAUCCGUGAAAGAUUUGGGUCUCGGAACUCUGAGAGAGGUCGCUUCUGUUACGAGAGAAAUUUUCUGUCCCAGGGACUUGUUGGUGGAGCUGUCGCCUGAGAUUGCGUUGAACAUGCACGAGUACCUACUAGAAUUCUUCACUGAGACGUUCAAGACGUACGAGACUUCUCAGAGCCAUAAUUUCAUCGAGGAAUCGGAUGGAAACUCUAUACCUCUUAGCUACAAUUGCAUCAUUCCCGUCGAAAGGGGUUUACGUAUAAACUUGAAACGGCCGCCAGUUUAUAAUAUCGAGGCCGCUUUACCUUACGUGAGAGACGUGGUGGUUUCAGAUGGCCUCGAGCUAAGCUUGCUUCAGUAUGACUUUCUAGAGACGAAUGGGGGUUACAAGUCCGAAGGCUCUGUGAGGAGGAGGAGUUGCAAGAGGGGCAUAUUUUCAUCUCUUGGUUCACUUGUACGAUCCCCGUUCAGACUCUGGAGAAGUCGAGGAUUAUCCAAAGUUGGUGACAGUGUUGACGAUGGCUUCGUUCGGCUUCUAAGCCCCAAACGCAGUGUUUCCAUAGCCCGUUGACACCCACCCACUUGCUCUACGCUUGCCCUCUUAAUCUCAGGUGCACGAUACGCCCAGAGAACUAAUGACUGUCGUGCGAUACUUACAAUCACACCAUCUCUGAGCCAACUCCACACGUAGUGUCCUGAAAGGAAUUCCUUAUGAACAUAAAUUCAGUCAACAAGCGCCUUUCCAGCUUUCACGUCCAGUGUGCCGAUAGAAGUCAGCCGGAGUCGCAAAGAUUCCACCCGCCUUGGAGACCAACGAGUAAGCAAAGCACACGUAGUCAUCGUCAGUGACAGUAAAAUUUAUCGUCACACCUGGCAGUAGUUACUGGGUUACUCUAGGAGUUACGCGGGGACUCUGGACAAUAUCUCCAGUCAACAGCCCGUUGAUGGAGUUUUACAGGUGUCAGGUAUCAGGUUUCGGCGUGCGAGAUUGUCGUUGGAAUAAAGUAGAAUGAAGACAUAUAUGUAUAUUUUGAAACAGAUGAAAUAUCAAAAACAUUCCGUUGAGACUCUGUGAGAAUAGGACCCGUG